AUGCAUGAUGCAAACUUAAAUUGCUCUUCCUCUUCUUCUUGUUCUUGGUCUUUCAGUCCACACAUCUUAUAUUUCUAUUUGCUAUUCUCUACUAGUUUGGAGUCCCCCAAGGGAUUAUAUAGGAAGUACUGGGAUAAAUGGGAGAGGAAGUUGCAGGAUAUAAUAUUGGGCAAUUCUGAGUAUCUUAAUUCUAUCCAGGUACCAUUUGAAUCUGCUGUAGAGCAAGUGCUGGAACAGCUGAGAACUAUUACAGAGGGUAAAUUCACAACCAAUAUUGAGAAGAAAAAGUUCGGAACUGUUGUUUUCGCGGCCAUUAAUCUACCCAUUAUAGAUAUCCAAAGUCUCCUCAACAAUUUGGCUGAGAAGAACUCCAGCGUUGAAGCGUUCUUAAGAGACAAACAUAUGGAGAACGACAUUAUGAAGGCAUAUGUGCGACUCUUGCUCACAGGAGAAGACAUGGUGUUACGGCAGUAG